UUUUGCUAGUGAUGGCUGAUUAUGGAAAGUAAAUAAUGGAAAUCAUUUGAUAUUGAGAUGAAUGAAUGAAUGAAAUCAUGAUGAAUACACACAAUUAUUCAUUGAUUUCAAAACAGCAUUCAACUACGGAAACUCAACUUUGAGUAUAACGUAAAAGAACAACCAGAAAAUAAAUUAGUAACAAAUGAAAUAAUAUAUUAAAAAUAAUAGCAAAUAAAAAGAAAUACCCGUAGUACCUGAUGUGCGCGCCUUGGCCUCUUAGGGGCAGUGUGGCACACUUGCAUUAAGAUAAUAAAGAGUAGAAGAAGCAAGUCGCGAUAUAACUUUAUCCUUAUCACUUGUUUUUCACAGAUUUGGAUUAAGAUGUCUGUGAAUAUUGUCAUAUUACCAAUCUGUACGUGUUGCUAUGGCGUUUGUGUGUGCAUAUUCAUUAUUUGAAGGUGAAACCCUCCCAUGACUUCCAAUGCUUAUUUUUGCUAGCCCGUCAAUAGGGUUUUCCGUUGAGUGUUAGCAUUAAGAUGACGAUGUUUCUAAUACGAGGAAAAUACAUUGCCGCCACACAGCGACCGGACGGUACGUGGAGGAAACCGCGGCGGGUGAAGGAAGGCUACGUCCCCCAAGAAGAGGUCCCAGUUUAUGAAAACAAAUACGUGAAGUUCUUCAAGAAUAAACCAGGCCUUCCACCUGGCCUGAGUGCAUCUGAUGCCGAGCCACCGCACCAGCAAAAGAUCCCGGGAUGUGCGGACAACGACACCGCUGGUCUCUCCAAGUCAGUCAAACGCAACCUGAAACGUAAAGAAAAGCGAAAACAACAGCAGCAGCAGCAGCAGCAGGAGGAGCAGGAGCAGGAGCAGGAGCCGGAGGAGAACGAGGUCGACGUGGCGUCGCUCGCUGACGCUGUUGGGAAUGUGACCAUCUCACGGGGCGGUGAGCACUCACUCAAGGUGGCGGCGGCAGAGGAUUCCCCUGCAGUGGAAAAAGCCAAGAAAAUGAAGAAUAUGAGAAAGAAGCUGCGUCAGGUGGAGGAGCUGCAGCAGAAGGUGGACUCGGGGGAAAUAAAGCAGCCAACGCAGGAUCAGUUGGAAAAGUUGGCCAGGGCGGCGGCUCUGCGAGACGAAUUAGAGCAGCUGCAACGCCACUCGUGAGAACGGACAAACUUGCUCGACGUCAUCCUCCCUGAUUCCAGCCUCCAUUUUACGUCUUCAUGAUGAACACUGAGUCGUGACUCAUGCCAAGUCGGCCCAUUGAUUUACAUUUUACACUCAGCUUGGCCCCGAUGUUCAGUUGUAAACAUCUUUAAAAAAACAACCUAUGUUCUGUCUCUUCCAUUUUAUACCUUUUAAAAAACAGUGAAAGGAAGUGAUUUGUUGACGUGUGUGCUUUUGGAAUGAUCACAGCCAAGGCGCCAUCUUUAUUAAAAGUACAUGCUGCAACAAAA